CUUACAGGAAAAAGAAAUAAAAUAUCUUUACGGACUACGGAGUAUAAAAGUUCUUUUGAUCCCCACGCAUGACAAAUUCUUGACUUCCGGAAACUCUCAAAUUAAUCUCAGUAUCCAUUAUAAAUAUCUUCAAGAAUAAUUUCCAGCUCACCCCAAAAACUAUCUCCCUCCAAAAUGUGGAUCCAAACAUCUUCAAUUUGCUUUUGCUUGUGGUGGUUAGCCACCGCCUUUGCCAAUGCACAAUCACCGGCGGUUUCACCCACCACCCCUACCGCCGCCACGCCGCCGACCACCACUCCACGUCCAGCCACCACCCCUCUGCCUACAACCCACCCGCCAACAGCCGCAACUCCAGUUUCUUCACCGAAGCCUAAAAUUUCAACACCACAACUACCACCGGCGGCGGCCCCACAUGUUGCAGUUACGGCGCCGUCAAAGCCACCUGCAUUGGCACCACAACCGCAAGUACCAAUUGCAUUGCCGCCGGCAGUAUCCCCUGCUCUGCCCCCCACGAAAAAAUCCCUUCCACCGGCACCGGCGCCGACAAAGAAACCGCGGGCCCCACCCCGAGUAACCAAGCCGCCUGCACCUGCGCCGGCGGUGCCACCGCCCAAGCCAUUACUGGCUCCUGCACCGGCGCCGGUUGCUCUGCCGCCUGCUGGGACACCAAAAUCAGCUCCGGCACCUGCGCCGGCUCAUGCAAAGCACAAGAGAAAGAAGUGGAAGCAUAAGCACAAGCGACAUCACGCUCCACCACCAGCACCGGUUGUGAAGAGCCCACCACCACCGGCGGUGGAAGAUUCCGCCGAUGUAACCCCAGCUCCAUCCCCCGCUUCUGAUUUGAAUGAAGGAGUUUCGAUUAUGGAGCGCGGAAGAUCAAGAAUGUGGACCAAUGUUGGUGUUACCGUGACAAUAUUAUUCACAAUUAUAACCUAGCCAUAUAUACAAGCUCUUUCUUCUUUUACAGGGAGUGUGCACUUGGAUCAAUUAUAUGCUUGCAAUAUACUACUAGGUUAUAAAUGAUUUAUAUUCUUGUAACAAUAUACUUUAUUCCUUUUUGUGACGCUAUGAACCAUAUAUAUGUAUGUAACAAAAAGGUUGAGGGACCACUUUGAUGUCUAUCUGAAGAAAUCCUUGCAAUCUCCCCUUUGAUGUCUUCUUGACAAUUUGAUCUUUGAUGCCGGGGGUUGAGGGACCUUCAGUAUCUUGCAUGUAGUCCUUGCCUUCCAGAAGUUGCUCUUGAUCAGCUUGGAUGAAGUCCGGUGACGCCUCUAGAAUGAAUAUUCUUUGGGUUUAGUUGUGUAGGCUUAGUUGGGUUUACAAAGCCAUAGGGACAUGUUCUCUCAUUACUUUCUUCAUUUUCUCUCUGUACUCCCCCUCAACUGGAGCACUCGGUAUGCUUUGUCAUUGUUAGGCACCGGAGAGGAUAACAUUGAACACUCCCCCUAGAAUGUUGCAUCCGUUGAGAGAUUCCUUGCUUUGUCUGUGUAAGGCGCCAGGAGGAGAAAACUUAAACUCCCACUCAGAAUGUGCAAGGUUUGAUUGCUCACAGCUUGUCAUACCCGCCAUGUGUGUGGAGCAAUCUAAACAUGUACCACACAUGACGGUUUCCCUGAGCUCACCAUGUAGAAUUUCAGCAUAUUGAUGAUCACAUAAUGUUGAUGAGUCAGGGGAGGCUUCAGCAGUUGAUUAUUGAUUGUUGUAAGAUGACCGUUGACGAGAGGUUGAUUGAAUUAUCUAUGACUUUCGGACCUUUACAGUUAGGUUUAGAAAAUGUUUGACCUCAGGGUUGACUUUGAAAGAAUUUGAACAGAUUUGCCUAAGUUUUGACCUGGACAUCGGUGAUUUACAAUAUUUGUCGGAAAACUAACAUUUUGACCCUCAAGGACUGCGAGUGAGGGCGCGUGAGGAAGGGUUCUGGGGCAUAGCCCUAGAAUUAAUGUAGAUCAUUUCGUUAGCUUUCUAAAAAAAAGUUUGCUCAAAUCGGAUCACCGAGUCAAAAGUUAUGGCCAAAACAAUGCGGUGUCGCAGAAAAUCUCUAAUUUUGAGUUUUUGAGGAAUUUCUUCGAAGUUGAGGUUCUCGAUGAUGAAUGUCGAGAGCAAGUGGAUUUUAAACAAAAUUCUAAGGCAAUACUUCGAAAUCCUAAUCGUUGCCUCGAAGAAUAAUGGCGAAAUCCACCUACAAAACAAACCUCAGAAUAUCGAAAUCUGCAGAAUUUCAAAAUGUUUGAACAUCGAAAACUUUGGAGUUUCGAAAACCUCAUAAUCUCGAAAACUUGCUAUUUGAAAAACAUCAGAACAUCAAAAACUCCUGAAACAUAUAUAAGCAGGGAAUCAUUCAGAGAUCCUAUAAGGUAAAUCUUCGAUGAACUGCAAAGGAUGUCAAGAUUCGAAUUAUGAGUUCCAAGAAACUGCAAACUUUGAAAGAUUCAAAACAUCGAGAAAUUUUGAAAAUCUCGAAAUCUUCAGAAUGUCGAGAUCCAAAACAUCGAGAUCCCAAAUGUCGAAAUCCCAAAACUCGAAAUUCCUAAACUCGAAAUUCCAAAACCCGAGAUUACGAAUCUCGAGAUCUUGAUUUCGAGAUUCAAAUCUCGAGAUCUUGAUUUCGAGAUUCAAAUCUCGAGAUCAUGAUUUCGAGAUUCAAAUCUCGAGAUCUUGAUUUCGAGAUUCGAAUCUCGAGAUCAAGAUGUCGAGAUGCAAAUCUCGAAAUCAAGAUUUCGAGAUUCAAAUAUCGAGAUCAAGAUGUCGAGAUGCAAAUAUCGAGAUCAAGAUGUCGAGAUUCAAAUCUCGAGAUCAAGAUGUCGAGAUGCAAAUCUCGAGAUCAAGAUGUCGAGAAGAGGAAAUCGAGCCCCUAAAUGUCGAGAUCCUGCAAAACGAAAACAUUGAUUUUUGAAAAUCUGAAACAUGUUCUGAAUAGCCCUAAUAAUUUAUGAAGAACUUUUCGUUAGCUUUCUAACAAAAAAAAGUUUGCUUAAAUUGGAUCACCGAGUCAAAAGUUAUGGCCAAAACAGUGCGGUGUCGCAGAAAAUCUCUAAUUUUGAGUUUUUGAGGAAUUUCUUCGAAGUUGAGGUUCUCGAUGUUGAAUAUCGAGAGCAGGUGGAUUUUAAACAAAAUUCUAAGGCAAUACCUCGAAAUAUGAAUCUCGAGGUUUAAAUCUCAAGAUCUUAAUCUCGAGUUUGCCUCGAAGAAUAAUGGUGAAAUCCACCGGCAAAACAAACUUCAGAAUAUCGAAAUCUGCAGAAUUUCAAAAUGUUUGGGACAUCGAAAACUUUGGAGUUUUGAAAACAUUAGAAAAUCGAAAACUUGUUGGUUGAAAAACAUCAGAACAUCGAAAACUUCUAAAAACUUUGAUAGGCAGAGAUUCAUUCAGAUAUCUAAAAAUGUAUAGCUUCGAAGUGUUCUGAACAGGAAAGAUAUCAAGUUUAGAAGAAAUCAGUGAUUCAAGAAACUCCAAACAUUGAAAAAUUCAAAACAUCGAGAAAUUUUGAAAAUCUCGAAAUCUUGAGAAUGUCGAGAUCCAAAACACCGAGAUUCCAAAUGUCGAAAUCCCAAAACUCGAAAUUCCAAAACUCGAGGUUUCAAAACUUGAGAUUUCAAAACUCGAGGUUUCAAAACUCGAGAUGUCAAAACUCGAGAUGUCAAAACUCGAGAUGUCAAAACUCGAGAUUUCAAAAGUCGAGAUGAGGAAAUCGAGUCCCUAAAUGUCGAGUUCCUGCAAAAUGAAAACUUCGAUUUUCGAAAAUCUGAAAGCUGUUCUGAAAAGCACUGAAGGUCGAGAUUCUCCUGUAUCAGUUUCAAGUCAAAAACGUUUCUGCAGCAGUGAAAAAUAAGGAUUUCGAGAUCUCAAUGUAGAGAUCUUCGAAAUAUAAAAAUUGCAGAAAACGAAAAAAGAGGUAUGCUGCUGGAUCGGUUUUGAAAGGCGAGUCCAACAGUAUGAUUUUUACAAAAUUUCGAUCACAAACGAGAUUACAGGAGCAAAUCUCUACAUAUAGAAAAACAGAAGAAAAAAACAGAGCAGUUCUUCGUUAGAUCCAAAAAUCGCAGAUAGAUCCAACCUAUUUCACGCCUCGGCUCUGAUACCAAAUGUUAAUCCCAGAAUACUAACAAUCAUACAACCAUAACAAUGAUAAAGAGGCAGAUAGAAAGAUAUGUCGAAGAUUAAACGCGAAUCUGGUAUACCGUAUGAAAACCGGCCGCUGCUCUCCCUGGAGAAGGAGAGCAGUGGCAACCCUAAUCUCUCUCUAUCUCGCCUCUGCGUCUCUAAGCCUCUCUCAAUCAGUUAGGGUUCCCGUAAGUUAGCCUCCUUUUAUAGGAGAAGGUUGCUAACUUACGGGUUACAAGGAAGCCCACGGGCUGAUACACAUUUGUGGCCCAUAUAACACGUUUAAUUAAUAACUACACAAAUACAAAGAUAACUAACUAGAUUGAACACCAUAAAAUAUUCCCAAUAGUGGGCUAAGUAAUUAAUUAAGGCCAUUUAAUUAGAGAUCAUUUGGCCCAUCCUAAUGUAACAAGGAUAUUCGGCCAUCCCUCUAUAAAUAGAAGGGGAAUGGACCGAACAUACUUGAGGGUUUCACAAUUAGAAUAGUCAUAUCAUUCUCGAAGCUCUCUCUCUAGAAUUCUAAGUCUCUACACAAUCUAUUCCAAGAUUUUGAAGAUCCUUAAACCCCCCGACAUCAAAGAUCAAAUUACCAAGAAGACAAUAAAGGGGAUAUUACAAGGAGUUCUUCAUGAAGCCUUUCUAAAAAGACAAAAGAAGCUGAUAUCCUCUGAAGAUCAAGACAAUGAUAAACCGCGUUUCAUUGCAAAUUGAACACAAAGGGGGAGAUUGUUAGAAUAUAUUUUAUUGUGUUCAAUUUAAUUAGAUUUAUCUUUGUUUAAUUAGGAUUUAAUUAGUGGACUAAGUAAUUAAUCAAGGCCAUUUAAUCAGAGAUCAUUCAGCCCAUCCUAAUGUAACAAGGAUGUUCGGCCAUCCCUCUAUAAAUAGAAGGGGAAUGGACCGAACAUACUUGAGGGUUUCACAAUUAGAAUAGCCAUAUCAUUCUCGAAGCUCUCUCUCUAGAAUUCUAAGUCUUUACACAAUCUAUUCUGCAUAUUAUUCUGGUAGAGCACAUAGAUUAGAAAUUCUCUCUCUAGCUGUUCGAGUACUGUGUGUAUUGUUCUUCACCGAAUCAUCAUUAUGAAUACACGGUAUAUGUUGAUGUUGAAUUUCUCUUAUACUAUUUAAAUUCUUUCUAUUAUUGUUAGAAUAUUCGACUGUUGAAAUUUGGGAAUACAUCACAAAAUAUACAUUCAAGAGACCAUACACUGUAUGACAAAAUAAUAGAUGUCCAAUAUGAAGAUACUACAAAAUAUUUGGUAGUUAAUCAACCACCAAAUAGACUAGAUAUGAAGAUACUAGAUCUAGGCCUCUUCAGAUCAAUUCAAUGUCUAAAGGAUAAAUGCCCAACAAGAAUUUUUUCUACUUUGGUCAAGAACUGUAAAAAUGCUUUCAUUGCAUACAACUCUCAUUCCUUAAAUCAUGUAAUCCUAAGUUUAAAUUUAUGCAUGAUUGUAGUAAUGAAGGUAAGGGGGGUGUUACACAUGAGUAGGUUCACAUAAGAAAGCAAGCACUAAAAAUGCAAUAACGUUUACCACUGCCAAUCAGUCUGAUGGUCCUUGAUAAAAGUCUAGAGGGGGGGGGGGGGGGGUGAAUAGACUUUUAAGUCUUUUCGAAUUAGGUGUUCACUCCCCUCUGAAUAAGUAUAAUCCUUGGAACCUUUUGAGAGGUUUAGGAUUGGCAGCGGAAGUUUUUAUCUUUUUGGACAAACACACUAGAAGUUUGGUAAGGAUUGACUUUUGAGUAGGAACUAUUUUCUGGAUAUUUUCUAAGGCUUUUUGUUUGAUGGUUUAGUGGCUUUAAAUGUAAUGACUCACAGAUGUAUCCUGGUUCGGAGGUGGUGUAAUCCUCCUACAUCCAGUCCCACUCUAUAGAUGGAUUUCCACUAAACUAUUUAACCAAUACACUUAGUGACUAGUUUACCCUUGAUCACAGGCAUAAACUAUCAAGUUUUCAUUAGGAGUACACACCACUCCAAGUUAUUCUUGCCUCUAGGUUUUUCACUAAUGAAUCAAUCUGAUUCAAAUGUUACUCAUGUCCUAUUCUACCCACUCUUUGGAUUUGCAGCACAAAUUCUUUCCAAAGGUGUUACAACUUUUCACCAACUAUUCUAAGCUCUAGUAUGAAUCUUUCAUUAUGAACUAGUCUAAGAGCUUAAAGAAAUGUGAACGAGCCAAGAGUAAAGUGAUGAAUUAACACUUUAUCUUUUGCAGGAUAUUCUGAGUAUGAUUGCUUUGUUUGCAUUGCACUUAAGCUCGCUGAAUCUUCUUCGUCACAUUCCUUGAUUUAUUUAUAGACUUUGAGUUUGUUGAAUAUCUCCCGUUGGGUGAGGAGAUUCAAUCUUGAUCGUUGAAACAUCCACUUGAUCUUUUAUCUUCAGUAUGUCCUCCUUUUGUCUUGUUUUGAGUAGCCUGUGUUGCUAGUUUUGUUUUCUUGUUUGAGUCCAUGCUUCCAGUUGUAUGUGAUCGUAUGGGUUGACUCUGUAAAGCAAAACAUCUUUCAGUCCACUUGUAUAUAGGAGUAUGUGUUGACUCUGAAGUAUUCUGUAGUUCCACUUGUAUAUAGGAGUAUGGGUUGAUUCUGAAUUAUUCUGCAGUCCACUUGUUUAUUUAGUCCCGUGACUCUUUAAGAAAGUAUUUAGAAUACCUUUAGCUCCUCUGUUGCAGUUUGAGCUUCUCUGGUCUAACUCAGAGUUUUUCUGUUGUCAGCAUUGAGGUUUUCUGUUGUCAUCACUGAGGUUCUCUGUUACUGAGGUUCUCUGAUGUUAUCACUGAGGUUUUCUGUCACUGAGGUUCUCUGAUGUCAUCGCCGAUGUUCUCUGUUACUGAGGUUCUCUGUCACUGAGGUUCUCUGUCACUGGCAUUCUCUGAUGUCAUUGCUGAGGUUCUCUGAUCCUAACAGAAUACCUCGAGACUUUCUGUUGCAAUCAGAUUUUUUCGAUCUAUUCUGUUAUGAUCAGAAUACAUUGGUUUCUGUCACUGACUACCUCGAGACUACCUCUGCACUCAGUCGUUUCACCAACACCAACGGCGUGGUUGCAACUGGAAUCAAUGCGACGGUGAGGAUGAGACGGUCGAUUCGCUGCUCCAACAAGAAGCUCUAAUACCAGGCCUUAAUAUUGAGCAUUGAGGUUUUCUGUUGUCAUCACUGAGGUUCUCUGUUACUGAGGUUCUCUGAUGUUAUCACUGAGGUUUUCUGUCACUGAGGUUCUCUGAUGUCAUCGCCGAUGUUCUCUGUUACUGAGGUUCUCUGUCACUGAGGUUCUCUGUCACUGGCAUUCUCUGAUGUCAUUGCUGAGGUUCUCUGAUCCUAACAGAAUACCUCGAGACUUUCUGUUGCAAUCAGAUUUUUUCGAUCUAUUCUGUUAUGAUCAGAAUACAUUGGUUUCUGUCACUGACUACCUCGAGACUACCUCUGCACUCAGUCGUUUCACCAACACCAACGGCGUGGUUGCAACUGGAAUCAAUGCGACGGUGAGGAUGAGACGGUCGAUUCGCUGCUCCAACAAGAAGCUCUAAUACCAGGCCUUAAUAUUGAGGUAAUAAUCUAUUUCGAUUUUUCUACUUGUAUUUUAGGGUUUUGUUUACUUAAAAUUUCUGAUUUUUGUAUAUUAGGUAUGGUAUAACACUUAAUUCUUGAGUACUUUGUAUUAUUGUAAGAAAAGGUAGUGUUAGUUAUUGAAAUUUUAGUUCAAUUUUUCUAUUUCACAUUUAUGCUCAUAACAUGUUUGUUGAAAUGACUCAAUGAUGUUUUUUUGUUUAAAUCCAAAACUUUUACUCUCUGUUUUGUUAAUUAGUUCAAGAUUCUGAUUUUCUUGUUUCCCGAUUUAAAUAAUGAUAUAGUUAUUUUCCAAAUUCUUUCUUGGACUGUUUUUCUUCUUUUUCAAACAACCCCUGUAAUUUUGUUUUUAUUGAAAUUGUGCGUUUUUAUAUUAUAUGAACUAUUGUUGAACUAUUUUGCUUCAUUGUUGGAACAUAUGGUGUUCAUCAAAGACCAUAUUGUCAAGAAGACAUCAAAGGGGAGAUUGCAAGGAUUUCUUCAAAUUGUCAAUAUACUUUAUUCCUUUUUGCAGCGCAGACCACUUUGUCUUUGUUGUUAUUGAGCUUCCUUUGUCUUUGAACUUGACUUCUGAGGAAGGCUAUCUGAAGAAAUCCUUGCAAUCUCCCCUUUGAUGUCUUCUUGACAAUUUGAUCUUUGAUGCCGGGGGUUGAGGGACCUUCAGUAUCUUGCAUGUAGUCCUUGCCUUCCAGAAGUUGCUCUUGAUCAGCUUGGAUGAAGUCCGGUGACGCCUCUAGAAUGAAUAUUCUUUGGGUUUAGUUGUGUAGGCUUAGUUGGGUUUACAAAGCCAUAGGGACAUGUUCUCUCAUUACUUUCUUCAUUUUCUCUCUGUACUCCCCCUCAACUGGAGCACUCGGUAUGCUUUGUCAUUGUUAGGCACCGGAGAGGAUAACAUUGAACACUCCCCCUAGAAUGUUGCAUCCGUUGAGAGAUUCCUUGCUUUGUCUGUGUAAGGCGCCAGGAGGAGAAAACUUAAACUCCCACUCAGAAUGUGCAAGGUUUGAUUGCUCACAGCUUGUCAUACCCGCCAUGUGUGUGGAGCAAUCUAAACAUGUACCACACAUGACGGUUUCCCUGAGCUCACCAUGUAGAAUUUCAGCAUAUUGAUGAUCACAUAAUGUUGAUGAGUCAGGGGAGGCUUCAGCAGUUGAUUAUUGAUUGUUGUAAGAUGACCGUUGACGAGAGGUUGAUUGAAUUAUCUAUGACUUUCGGACCUUUACAGUUAGGUUUAGAAAAUGUUUGACCUCAGGGUUGACUUUGAAAGAAUUUGAACAGAUUUGCCUAAGUUUUGACCUGGACAUCGGUGAUUUACAAUAUUUGUCGGAAAACUAACAUUUUGACCCUCAAGGACUGCGAGUGAGGGCGCGUGAGGAAGGGUUCUGGGGCAUAGCCCUAGAAUUAAUGUAGAUCAUUUCGUUAGCUUUCUAAAAAAAAGUUUGCUCAAAUCGGAUCACCGAGUCAAAAGUUAUGGCCAAAACAAUGCGGUGUCGCAGAAAAUCUCUAAUUUUGAGUUUUUGAGGAAUUUCUUCGAAGUUGAGGUUCUCGAUGAUGAAUGUCGAGAGCAAGUGGAUUUUAAACAAAAUUCUAAGGCAAUACUUCGAAAUCCUAAUCGUUGCCUCGAAGAAUAAUGGCGAAAUCCACCUACAAAACAAACCUCAGAAUAUCGAAAUCUGCAGAAUUUCAAAAUGUUUGAACAUCGAAAACUUUGGAGUUUCGAAAACCUCAUAAUCUCGAAAACUUGCUAUUUGAAAAACAUCAGAACAUCAAAAACUCCUGAAACAUAUAUAAGCAGGGAAUCAUUCAGAGAUCCUAUAAGGUAAAUCUUCGAUGAACUGCAAAGGAUGUCAAGAUUCGAAUUAUGAGUUCCAAGAAACUGCAAACUUUGAAAGAUUCAAAACAUCGAGAAAUUUUGAAAAUCUCGAAAUCUUCAGAAUGUCGAGAUCCAAAACAUCGAGAUCCCAAAUGUCGAAAUCCCAAAACUCGAAAUUCCUAAACUCGAAAUUCCAAAA